AUCGAUCUGAGCAACCUGCCUACGUCGUCGUAGCACUCGACUUUUCAGCCGGAACCAUUCACUAAGCCGCCCGCUGUCGUCUCCUCACCCCCUGUCCAGCCGCUCUCUAAACACUUCCUCGCACUCAAUGGCCCAACUAAUUUCAUCAUGCGAGUCCCAUUGCAAAAAGUAGUAGCCCCGGCCUUUCGGUUGCGCAUAACGUCGUCUCCACCCUCGACCGCGGGGUCGCCGCGAUGUCUCCAUCAGCCUGCCCGGGCACCUCUACCGUCGAAGCGCAGCACCAGCGCUUCGGGUCAGUUGCGGUGGAGCAGCGAUAGGAACAAUGCGCCGACGCGUCCCGAGGACGUCAUCGCCCUGCCCGAGCCGCAGCAGCAACAGGGCAAACCCCCAGCUUCACCUAACAAGCGCAAGCCCUCUCGAGCCUCGGCCGCCAAGACCCUGCGUCUCGGGCUCACCGCGAAGCCGCCUAGUCGCGCCAAUGCCGUGAAGAAAGACACUGCCACCGAGACCGACUACCGCCGGACCAUCAGUUCCAUCUGCGUCGCCCAGUCCUUUGAUAUGGAUGCUGUUCAGGACAUAUUACGCUUUCACGCCUUCGAGUUGGACCCCGACGGCACCGAAUUCGACCCGACGGGCGUAGUGCACGCGCGGGGCAUCAACAAUGGCGAUAUCUUUGUCUUCCCCUCGGGGACCGUAGUGACCUGGUCUGUACCCAACGACGCGCUCAUGACGCUAGCCACCAAGCAGCUGAUCCGCGCCGCCGAGCUCCCCCACCUCAACCGUCUCGAGAUGGAGGAGCUCGAGUUUCUGGUGGACGAGAGCCGCGAAACGAGUUGCAUGCGGGGCGAAGUCGUCGUCCUCGGCACGCGGACGCAGGGCCGCGAGAACCACCGUCUCGACACGACGCUGGCCAAGAUCGCCUUCUCGAGCGGCCUCGCCCGGAGCCCGAAGCUGGCGGUGCUCGAGAACCAGGCGAUCGAAUAUUUCGAGCACUCCAAGCACAGCCUCAACUUCGUCGAGGGGGGCCUCGAGCACAAGCUGAAGCGCAGCACCGUGCUGAAGAUGACGGGCCAGAUGCUGAGCCUGAGGUCGCAGCUGAAUCACUACUCGGACAUCACCGACCAGCUCCCCGACAUGUUCUGGGACUCGGAAUCCAACCUCGAAAACUAUUACAACCAGAUCAGCACCGUAUUAGACAUACGCCAGCGGAUCGGGAUCCUUAACCGCAAGAUCGACUACGGGUACGAGAACGUGAGCGUUCUGCGAGAGAUGGUCAGCGAGAAGUAUGGCCACCGGUUGGAGUGGAUCAUCAUAUUCCUCAUCGCUGUGGAGGUCGUAUUUGAGUUGAGACGGGUCUAUCACGAGGAUUCCGGCGAGAGGAGCUCUGAAUAGACCGGAAGAGGCUUUGCGCGUUCGCCGGCGCGCGACGGGGCUAUAUAACACCACUCCCUCCACGCAUGCAGUGUCAUGCCUUUUGCCCUACAACCGUCUUAUAUCCCCUCGAUAUCUGCCAAGGCAGUCAGGUUUAGGGAUGCCGACCUUCAUCGCAUCUAUACCCCUUAGAUUGUACGUUUAUUUAACAACGACCACAGGCCGUUCCGCUACCCCUAUCGCACGAGCUAGCAUCGUCUUCGACGCCGACUAGCACGUGCCAUUCGAGCUGUGCGCGCUGUGCAUGUACCUAUGCCCUUGCGAUGCCUUUGCGAUGCCUUAUGUCGCCCGCCCCCCGUCCUGUUUCCCUCUCGAGUGGGAGGGGGCGUCUCUUUUACACCCUCUCUAGUAACUUUUUCUUUGCUUCCAGAUAGGCCGCCACAGCAUCGCCCUCUUGUUACAUAUAUCUAUGUAGGUAUAUCUCGCCGCGGUGACCGGCAAUCUACCUAUAAGCAAAUGCGAGCCUCUCCCAAUUUGCUAGAAGCAGGCCUUACCGGAGGAUACUCCUAUGUUCCUGGGCUCUCCUCCCUCUCUCCCCCUGAAGACUGGCCACGUAAGUAGGUGAGUAAAACAGCAGUUAUAAUCCGGAGUCACACUCGAGCUGAACCCGUCUAUAAACCCUCUUCCCCCCUUCUCACCCUGCCCCCACCCACGCCCUCGCGCAGCAAUCCCCGCGCAACCCCUACUACGCCC